AAAAAGAGUAGCCCCCAUUCACCGCAACUAGAGAAAGCCUGCGUGCAGCAACGAAGACCAAAUGCAGCCAAAAAUAUAUUUAAAAAAAAAAAAGGGAGGCACCUAGGUCACCAGAUGAAAGGAGGCACUCACUCUCAGGGUCCUGCACUUGCUGAUCCUGCACCUAAAUUGAGCCCUAGGUGCCUCUCUUGACUCACCCUAGGUCUCAGCCUUGUGGGACAUGUGGAACAGAUUAGCUUAAGGGAGCAAUGUAGUAAAGUCCUGUUCUCCACACCUGGGGGGUCGGGGGGAGAUGCUGAUAGAAUGGAAUUUUACAAAGUCAGUGUGGACUGGUUUGUGGUAAGUUUUCCAACCACCUAGGGCUGUAAUUCCAGGUGUGAUGGCCAGAAGACUGAAGGGCAAGAGUUUUGUUAAGGCUCCCCUGGUCAAACACAGCAUUAAAAAUGGGCAUAUGGGUAGAAGACAGUUUGAAGUGCACUCAAGGGGCCGAGGGCUGCUACCAGUACCCCUUCACCUUGGCAGAGAAGGAAGGCUCCCUGCCUGGUUUCUGGUGGGAACAGGGGUUAAAGGCCUGAAGGGCGCCCCCUGCCAUUUCUGGGCCACGUAUUUGAGCGUCUACACUCACAGCAGGCACUGCCUGCUCCCACUGCCAGGCUGGACAUGAGGAUCUCUGGGGCAGGUCUUCCCAGGUGCGGACUUGAGACAAAGGAACCAGGAAGCGGGGCCUUCCUGAGCGCAGAGGAGAAAACUGCAGUCCAGGAUGGCUCAGUCGGCCCGUCCAAAGUCGCGCAGCUGGUCCUGGCCGAGCUGCGAGAGUGAGGCACAUGGCCCCUGCAGACCGGGCCUCGGAGGGUCCAAGGCUUGAGGACCCGUCGGCCCCCCACCCCCUUGGAGAGGCAAGGAGAGGAUCCUGCGCUGGUAUGCCCUCCUGGCUUAGUCAUGGCGAAGCUGGAGACACUGCCUGUGCGCGCUGAUCCAGGGCGGGAUCCCCUCCUGGCCUUUGCCCCUCGGCCCUCUGAGCUCGGACCCCCAGACCCUCGUCUGGCCAUGGGCAGUGUGGGCAGUGGGGUGGCCCACACUCAGGAGUUCGCCAUGAAGAGUGUGGGCACCCGCACGGGGGGUGGGGGCAGCCAAGGCAGUUUCCCUGGCCCCCGUGGCAGUGGGGCCAGCAGGGAGAGGCCAGGCCGCUACCCCUCGGAGGACAAGGCUCUCGCCAAUUCACUCUACCUCAAUGGCGAGCUACGGGGCAAUGACCACACAGAUGUCUGCGGCAAUGUGGUGGGCAGCAGUGGUGGCAGCAGCAGCAGCGGCGGCAGUGACAAGGCCCCACCACAGUAUCGUGAGCCCAGCCACCCACCCAAGCUCCUGGCCACCUCUGGCAAGCUAGACCAGUGCUCAGAGCCGCUAGUUCGGCCUUCGGCCUUCAAGCCUGUUGUACCCAAAAAUUUCCACUCCAUGCAGAACUUGUGCCCCCCCCAGACCAACGGGACCCCUGAGGGACGACAGGGCCCUGGUGGCCUCAAGGGUGGACUGGACAAGUCUCGGACCAUGACCCCAGCGGGUGGGGGAGGGGGCGGCCUCUCAGACUCAGGCCGGAACUCACUCACAAGCCUGCCCACCUACAGCUCCAGCUAUAGCCAGCACCUGGCGCCCCUCAGUGCCUCCACCAGCCACAUCAACCGCAUUGGCACUGCCAGCUAUGGUAGUGGCAGUGGUGGCAGCAGCAGCGGUGGUGGGUCAGGCUACCAGGACCUGGCAACCUCUGACAGUGUGCGGGCCUCCAGCAAGAGUGGGUCAUCCUCAUCCAUGGGGCGGCCAGGCCACCUGGGAUCAGGGGACGGCGGAGGUGGAGGCCUGCCAUUUGCGGCCUGCUCACCACCCUCGCCCAGUGCUCUGAUCCAGGAGCUAGAGGAAAGGCUGUGGGAGAAGGAACAGGAGGUGGCAGCUCUGCGGCGUAGCCUGGAGCAGAGUGAGGCGGCAGUGGCCCAGGUGCUGGAGGAGCGUCAGAAGGCCUGGGAGCGUGAGCUGGCCGAGCUGCGGCAGGGCUGCAGUGGGAAGCUGCAGCAGGUGGCCCGUCGCGCCCAGCGCGCCCAGCAAGGCCUACAGCUGCAGGUGCUGCGGCUGCAGCAGGACAAGAAGCAGCUGCAGGAGGAGGCAGCCCGGCUGAUGAGGCAACGGGAAGAGCUUGAGGACAAGGUUGCCGCCUGCCAGAAGGAACAGGCCGACUUCCUGCCCCGGAUGGAGGAAACUAAGUGGGAGGUAUGCCAGAAGGCUGGGGAGAUUUCCCUACUGAAGCAGCAGCUGAAGGACUCGCAGGCGGAUGUGUCCCAGAAGCUGAGUGAGAUUGUUGGGCUGCGCUCGCAGCUGCGGGAGGGCCGGGCCUCACUGCGGGAGAAGGAGGAGCAGCUGCUCAGCCUGAGGGACUCCUUCAGCAGCAAACAGGCCAGCCUGGAGCUGGGUGAGGGCGAGCUGCCCUCUGCCUGCCUCAAGCCGGCGCUGACCCCAGUGGACCCGGCCGAGCCGCAGGACGUGCUGGCCACCUGCGAGAGCGACGAGGCCAAGAUGCGCCGUCAGGCUGGGGUGGCUGCUGCCGCCUCCCUGGUUUCCUUGGAUGGGGAGGUGGAUGCUGGGGGGGAGAGUGGGACUCGGGCCCUGCGGCGGGAGGUGGGGCGCCUGCAGGCUGAGCUGGCAGCUGAGCGGCGAGCCCGGGAGCGCCAGGGUGCCAGCUUCGCAGAGGAGCGCCGAGUGUGGUUGGAGGAGAAGGAGAAGGUCAUCGAGUACCAGAAGCAGCUGCAGCUGAGUUACGUGGAAAUGUACCAGCGCAACCAGCAGCUGGAGCGGCGGCUGCGAGAGCGGGGGGCUGCGGGAGGUGCCAGCACGCCUACACCUCAACAUGGGGAGGAGAAGAAAGCCUGGACCCCCUCCCGCCUCGAGCGCAUCGAGUCCACAGAAAUCUGAUCCCCUACCUGGGCAUGUGGCCUUUUGACAAAUACCCAGUCAAAGGCCAGAGUCCCCAGUGUCCCCCCCUCCGCCAUCUCUUUUCCCCAUCCCCUGUAUCCCCAGACCAAAGAGGUUCUCAAAGCAGCUGUGACCAGGCCCCUCCCCUCCCCUCCCCUCACUGGGUGUCUCCCAGCUCUACCACUGCCCCUCUGGGCAGCCCACUCGACCCUCCUCCCAAGGAGGAAACAGGGGAAGGGCAGAGUGAGUGGGGAUGAGGAGCCCAGGCAGCAGGGGAACUCAUGCUCCUUUUCUUGGCACUCCCUUGUUGGAGAGGUGGCAGGCCUUGCAGUGCCAUGAGGUGCCCAGCUCCUUGGUGGGUCUGGGCUGCUACUGUCGGCCACCCUGUGUCCAGAGAUGCUCUCUGUACCCAUCUCCUUGGCCACGUAACCUGAGGGGGCUUGCGUGCGUUCUGCCAAAGCUGACACCUUGGACUCCUGGCCUCUCUCCUUCCAGUACUUUUCUCCCUCCUUGGGCAGAUUGGCAGGACAAACGGGAGCAGGUGGCCUACCUGUGGUUGAGAGGGCUACUUGCCCAGCCCCUCCCUGCCAAGGUCUCUUGGACUCAGGCCUCAGAGCCUGGCCUGGUCCUGAGUGUGUGUCCAUAUGUUGUGUGUUGGAGGAGAGAAGGGCUGGGGCUGGAGGCUCAGUGCCCAGGGAAGAUCUGCCAUCCUAUUCUUGAGAAGGGUCACCUGGAGGCUUCUUAGCUUUACCCUCACCCUUCUGACCAGGAUCCCACAGGACAACAGCCCCAUCUGCUUGGCUGACCCCACACCCAGGGCCACUGUCCAGCUCUAACUACAGCUAUUAAGUGCCACCUGCCUCUCAGGCACUCCCCUCACCUAGUUUCUGAGGUCACAUGAGUGUCUGUGAUGUCUUCUUGUGUUUUCCCUGACUUGAUUCCCUCAGCCACCUUCUGCUUUCGUGCUCAGCCUAUUGCUUUCAUGCUCAGAACAUCAUUGUCUUAGGCCAUCUCUUCCCCCAAACCUCACCUUUUCUUCCAGUAGAAAACUGCUUGAUCUUUGGUGCACUGCCCACUUCCAAGUUCCACUGGGCCCAAGCUUGAGCCUGAGGCCCUUGUUUUGGGGGGUGGGGGUGGCUAUGAUUGCUCUUGAAGAACAAGACUGAACUGAGAGGAUCACUGACCUCUGGGUCCCAGAGGCCUGAAGUAGCCCAGUGUUUGCCCAGGGUAGGCCUGGCAUGGCCAUCAGUGGGGACUGGGGAAGCCAAUGUCACUUCCUCCUCUGGGGGCCCUCUCAGAGUCCAUCUCCCCAAAAUAAGAAGGGAAAGGCAAAUUUCUAACACACCAGCAAUAAAAAUCAGAGGAGGCUUGGCCCUCAGCCCUUGUAUUUCUCUCUUUUUACUCUCUCCUUCCCACCCACAGACUGGGUUUGUGGGGCAGGGUGGAGGGAGCUGGCAACUACUGUGAGCAAUUCCCCGACCCCUGACCAGCCUCCUCCCAUGACUGGUGACUGUUUAACGAGCUGUGCAUCCCCCACAAAAACAGGAGUGCCUCUGUGGCCUCUGUCCUUCUGCACAGCCCUUUCCAGUGCCCCUCACCAGAUCUCUGAGCUGGGUGGGGGGCUGUCCUGGCAAUCACUGCCCAUUCCACUCACCCUUCACUGCACCUGCCCCAGAAACUGGGCCUGGGCCAGAGGGGCAGGGGGAAGAGGAGGCAUUAGUAGGUUAAAAAAAAAUAGAAAAAAAUAUGAACAGACUUAGCUUUGGGAUUUCCAACCACAAAAGAAAUUAUAUAUAAAUAUAUAUAAAUAUAUAUCUCUACCACAUGUGAUGAAAAGACUUCGUUUUCUUUUCCCAAAGAAAUAAAAUGGAGAAAGCCU